AUGGUUACCCAUAGUCUGCAACUUCCCACCUGUAUUAGUCCAAACGGGGGGAAUCUGGACGACUUUGCUGCACUGAUGACCUGUUUCUUUUGGUUCGAGACCAUGGAUACGAUUAAUGCCGCGGAGCAUAUCAAAGAACGUUCGCCCUCCGAGCCAAUCCCCCCGUUGUCUGCAUACACCGAACCCUGCCCCGCGUACAAGCAGUGGGUUAAUAAGACGCUCUCUACGACUCAAGUAACGCAGAACGUGAUCCUGUUGGCGUUGUUAUUUGUGUACCGGCUAAAGAAGGCAAACCCGAAGGUGAACGGUAGCCCAGGUAGCGAGUAUCGACUCUUGACGGUGGCCUUAAUGCUGGGCAAUAAGUUCUUGGAUGAUAAUACUUAUACGAACCACACGUGGGCAGAAGUUUCUUCUAUUUCGGUGAAAGAAAUCCAUGUUAUGGAGGUCGAAUUUUUGAGCAACAUGCGAUAUGGCUUGUUGACGUCUAAGGAGGAGUGGGAGGAAUGGUUAGAGAAGUUGGCCUGCUUCCACGAAUAUUAUGAAAGAGCGGUUAUGGAAGAGAAGCGUCGAAAUGCCCAGCCUCCCAUGCCGAUGACGGUACCUUCGCCGAUCCACACGAGAUUUACUCCCCCGUUGCCUUCACCGACUAACAUGGUAGCGUCAACUGGACAGAAUACAACAUUGGCUCUCGCGUCUGCUUAUUCUCCCAGCUCGGUAGCGCAUGCUCAAACCUGGAAUUCUUACCAUGGCACCCCUAUGGUCUCUCCACUUGCAGUCAAACAGAGUUUAGGUCAUCCAUUGGUGCGAAAGAGAGGGUUGGAAGGAGGAGACAUGAUGGAACCUGCUGCGAAGCGAGUCCCUCACCACUCGCUCGUUACAACAAUGCCGCCGAACCAGCAACCUCAAGGGGCUGUCGGUCCUCUUCGACUACCUAUGCCGCAUCUUACGCUCGACACAAGCCAAGCAGUCAUUCCCUCGGUAUAUCAACCACAGUCUACCUAUCCUCAGACGACCGUAUCAUUGCCGCCUCUUGGGGCUGGGAUGAAGGCCAUGUCCACGGUAUAUCCCGCUACGACUGGAUGGGCGCCCCCGGGCUCAGUACUCACUACAUGCGGGCCACAGAUACCAUCUUACGGUCUACCGUCAGGCUACGGCACACCGACGAAGCGACUUAGCCCUACGAGUUUAACUCCGUUUGGUUCGUCCCCGUUAGCCGAAUCGUUUGGAAACCACACACCCACCUCGAAUUCGCCGCUGGUGUACUUGCAGCAACGAGAUAGUCCUUACAAACCCGUUCGCCGUGUAAAUACUCUGCUUAACCCUCCUCCUUCUAUUCCUCUCUCGCAGUAUCACCUGGGUUCGAGUCAAAUGCACUAUCAGCCUCUGGGCCGACGAUACGACUUACGCUCUGGUAUUGUACCCGAGUUUCUUCCUACAUAUGCCAAUCAACGACCUUCAAGUCAUUCUCAUUAA